ACGAAAACAAGGUGCAUGUAGCUAGGCUUUGCUAUUUUUUCUCCCUAUUUACAUUAUACCCGGAGCGGAUGGAGCUUAUCAACAAAUAAGAGUGAAUAAUCAGUUUUAAUCGAUAAUGCAAAUGUGAGUGUUGAAAUGCAGCUGUCGGCAGCAGUAUCCAGUGAAGCCAGAGGAAUGCCUGCAGCAGAGAGCAACCAUGCACAGCGUGUCCUCUCCUCCCUGAACCAGCAGAGGGCAGUGGGGAGGUUUUGUGAUGCAGUGUUGAAUGUGGGAGGUGGGGUGGUCUACCUCGCCCAUCGAAACAUCCUUGCCUGUUUCAGUGAACUGUUCCAGCAGUCCAACAUGCCCACUUCACCAUGCAUGGAGUUCUGCCUUCAAGAGUGCCCCAACGAUGGCCUGGAGCUGCUCCUUAACUUCGUCUACACCGGGGAGCUCAAGCUGAAUCCUGACAACCUGGACAAGGUGCAGCGGGCAGCAGCCAGCCUUUGUGUCCCAGAAGCACUUGCACUCUGUCAGCAGUUCAAGGAAACAUCUGUUGAUCCGGUGCCUUUCAAGCGUAAAAGAGGCAGACCUAGAAAGUCUGCAUCAGAUAAAACCUCUCAAUGUUCAGUCAAAGAAGAGAACUUGCCUACAGUCACAAAAGAUGAGUCCAGUAUCGAUACUGACACAGCCAGUUUAAGCUCCACUACUACCACCACCCGCUCUGGUCGUGUAGUGAAGGGCCCCAGGCGACUGGUGACCGAUGAGAGCUCCAACACUGAUUUUACAGCCACUGAAACAGCGAGCAAGAGGGCCCCGAAUAUUCCUGUGGAGAAGGAAAGUGGUGAUGUUGUUGUGGAAAAUCAAAACCCAGAUCAGCCAGCUGGUGAAACUGAGAUGACCGACUUACAGAUUGACAUAAACGACAAUGGUGUUAGCAGAGUAAUUGAGGAGGCAGAGGAGGAUGAAGAUGUGGGCGAUUUUGAGGGGAUCACUGAAGGCUCAGAUGAGGAGUAUGUGCCCAUUGCCGAGGCCACUUCUUCAGCUCCGUCCACAUCGACCGCACGGAAACGCAAGGCCCAGAGUAAGACGGAGAAAACUGAGAAUGGCGAGGCUGUUGAAGAAGACUCCAAGAAGGACUCUGUGCAGUGUCCCAUCUGUGACAAAUCCUUCAAGAGCAAGUACUACCUCAAAGUCCACAACAGGCGGCAUACAGGGGAGAGGCCCUUUGGUUGCCUUAAAUGUGGAAAGAGGUACUUCAGGAAGGAGAAUCUUUUAAUACACGAGAUCAGAGACUGUGCUCGAGUACAGACGUACACCUGCGUGACGUGCUCCUCAACCUUCAGUGGAAAAGAACAGUUACGUCUGCACGUUGUGUCCCACACGGGAGAUAUGCCCCACAAGUGUUCGUCGUGUCCUGAACAGUUUCUGUACAAGAAGAAUUUAACGAUUCACAUGAUGAAGAUCCACGGUUAUCCAAAACCACAUGCAUGUCCCCAGUGCCCCAAAACCUUCUUGACUCGGACAGAGCUGCGUGUGCACGAAGCAGCCAAACAUCGCGGUGAAAAGCCGUUUGUGUGUGAGGAGUGUGGCCAUCGAGCGUCCAGUCGAAACGGUCUGCAGAUGCAUAUCAAAGCCAUUCACAGAAACGAGCGACCUUUUGUAUGUAACUUAUGUGGGCAUGCGUUCUCCCAGAAGAAUAACCUCAACAUGCAUCUGCGUAUACACAGUGGUGAGAAGCCUUACCAAUGUCAUCUCUGUGGCAAAACCUUCAGGACGCAAGCCAGUCUAGACAAACACCACCGGACACACACUGGCGAGCGUCCCUUCAGCUGUGAUGUCUGCGAGCAGCGUUUCACAGAGAAGGGCGCCCUGGUCCGCCACAAGGCCAGCAAGCACGAGGAAGGUCGUCCCCACUGUUGUCACAUCUGUGGCAAAACCUUCAAAGCGAGGGAGCAACUUCGAGUUCAUCUGCGUCGCCACAAAGGCAUGAGGAAGUUUGAGUGUAUAGACUGCGGCUACAAGUUCACUCGACAGGCACACCUGAGGCGACACAUUCAAAUCCACAAGCGCACUGAGAACUACAACCCCCGGCAGAGGAAACUGAGGAACGUGGUGGUGCAGGAUGUUGAAGGAAGUUCUGGUGAGAACGAAGCAACUAAAACGGUGGGAGCCUCACUGAUGACCGAGCAGACAGAUUACGCCCCAGACACCGGAAACAUCCAGGAACCCACAAACCCAGACACGGACUCCUCGACCGCCCUCGGUCCUAGCUGCAUCGUGAGGGUGGUGAUCGAGUCGAGUGACCCGGUGAUGGAGGAGGUGGUGUCCAAUCAGAACCUGGGACCUGUGGAGGCAGCAGAGAGUUUCUCCGUGCCAGAGGUUUUGCAGCAAACACAGCUGGUCACUGAGGCGUACGAGUCCACGAUGGAUAUGGAGGGAAUCGUUCAGAAUAUAUCAGAGAGGAAGACCUGAGGACAGAAAGACCAGAGACUGUGAGAAGCCCACUCCGAACUCAGGUGUCUGUGUUGACCACUUCCUAAAAGAGAAGCACUUAACUGUGAUUCAGACGGCGAGGCAAAGCCUGAAACAUUCGGCCUUACAGAUCCAAAGAUGAAACUGCAACAAAGUUGGCCACUGUUGAGUUUCUAGACAUGCGAGAGAAGAGUAGCAAGUAAUAGUUAAAACGCAGCAAGCGAACUGCAUGCUUCGAAAAACUGCUUGAAUGUGAAAAAACAUUUUUUUGUUUGUUUUAUUGAACCUCCUUUUAUCAGUGUGCCUGCUGCAGCUGGAUACAGAACACCAGUAAUAAAUGAUCUUCACUGGUGUUCAGAUUAAUGAAGGUAUUGAAGGAAUAGUUGGACAUUUUGGGAAAUGUUUAGGGUGGAGAGUUGGACGAGAAGAUCGCUACCACUCUCAUAUCAGACCAUUUCAUUUAAGGCCACAGCCAGAAGCUAGUUAGUACGGCAUAGCUUAGCUUCAAAAAAAGACUGGAAACAGGGAAAUGGCUGAGACUGCCUCUGUCAAAUAGCUAUGUAGCUAAUCAACAUGUUAUACAUCGUUCAUUUAUGUGCAAUUCAUUUAUUUUUUGGCUGCAAGUUUUUGUUGAGAAUUUUUGUUAUUUUAACACUAAACAAACAUGCUAAUUAAUGAGCAUUAGAGGUGCUGGAGGCAGAUUGUGUCAGCAUUUCACAGAGACAGGGUACCUUUUUUUCCCUAUUUCCAGUCUGUAUGCUAAGCUUACCAGCUACUGGCUGUAGCUACAUAUUUAACAAAAAGACGACGUGCUACUGAUUUUCUUGUCUUAACUCUUGGCAAGAAAGCAAAUAAACAUUUAACAAAAUGUGAAAGCCGGUUAAAGGAACCCUGUGGAGUUUCUGACCAGAAGUAGCGCUGUGGAGCAACGUUUGUAUGAGUGAGUCCCCGAUUUGUUUGUAAUGAGCAGGUAAACGAGGACGUGGGUGACCACGAUGACGCUCAAAGAAGUAUAGCAGUCCUCCCACAAAGGCAGUGAA